GCAAGUCGCAAGCCGCAGUUACAAACGGUGAAAAGUUGAAUCAAGAAGUCGAAUCGGAGUUUUGAAUAUCUACCAUAAGCCGGAGGAGCCCUGAAUCGAGCGUCGUCGCAGUCUGCACUUCUCGUGCCUGGAAUCUUUGGAGUCUCAACAUACACCAACACACACGCCCUACGGUACGGUUCUUCUCUGCGCGCGUGUGUCUCCUCUCGCCGCGCCCAAGCUUAAGCCCAGGUCCAGGGCAUCCUUUGAUACAUCGACAUCGCCUUUUUCGGUGCCAGCUAAAUUAUUAAACAGCUCGCUCCACAAAGCGUGCCAAUACAUUUUCCAGUCGAGAGCUCGAGUGAGGAAACAGCCGCAAGAUUUCGAAAACAACGAAAAUGGUCUUUGACUGCGUGGUCUGGUGUGCAAAGUAUUUGCUUUGCAUAUUCAAUUUUAUAUUUUUCGUGCUAGGCACAAUUAUAUUCGGAGUCGGACUAUGGCUGGCCGUGGACAAGCACUCGCUGAUUGCUCUUCUCAAGCUGGUCGAGAGCGAGCGCAUCGAGCAAUUUACACAGACGCAGGUCAUAGAGCAGCUGGCCUAUGUGCUGAUCGUCAUCGGAGCCGUAAUGUUCUUCAUGAGCUUUUUGGGCUAUCUGGGGGCCAUGCGCGAGUCUCGCUGUCUGCUGUCAACGUAUGCAACCUUUUUGAUUCUACUGCUGGUGGCUGGAAUCGUUGCCGGAGGUCUGGCUGCCUUCUACAAGGAAAAAGUUAGGGCCGAGAGCAAAAACUUCUUGCAGACGACCAUAACCAGCUACACGCUGGGCGAGAAUGUGGACGCCAGUUCUCUGAUGUGGAACCAGCUGAUGAGCAACUUUGGCUGCUGCGGCGUCACCGACUACCACGACUUUGAUGCCUCGCAGGCGUGGCAGAACAGCAAGGGAAAUCGCACCAUACCAGAGGCCUGCUGUGUCCUCAAGGAUGUGGCCGAUUUGGUGCCCCGCGACGAGGACUGUGUAACCAAUCCCAGCGACAGCAACAGUUUCUACAAAAAGGGCUGCUAUGAGGUGUUCACCGAGUGGUUGAUUGGACAGCGCGAGUUGAUCAUCAUCGUGAUUGGUGUGGGCAUUGUGCAUCUGGUCCUGAUCAUCCUGGCCUUCUCCCUCUGCAAGGCCUUCGCCAAGUACAACGACAUGCGUCUGUAAGUCGAUCGUGGGCAGACGAUGUGAGAGCUUUCAGCAGCCAAGAAGAAACGUAGCUAACCCAGGCAAGCUAAAUAACCCUAGGAACCAGAGAAAAGAGCCAAAACAACAGCCAGACAGUGAAGAGCGAUCCCUAACAACACCAACCAACACCCUACUGAACUCCGAACAGCGAACACCACGACGUGCUCAAGAGGAAACCACAAACCACAAAAGAUUCUGCAUUUGCCGCACAUGGAACGGGACAAACACACGAAAACAGAAGACAUAAUACACAGAUUAUUUCAGCUCUACUCUAACGUUAAGCUAAGAUCGUAACCAGCAUAAUCCAUUUACAGAUACUAUUCAAGAAUAUCUUAGAGAAAUGUUGCUCAAAGUUUAGCCACCCGACAAACAGACAGCGUGACGGGAGGACAGCAGGAGGAGAGCCGCAGGUUUUACAAUACGCAAGACACUUACAUGGAAUAUUUAUUUGUAAAUCUGUUUUGAUAGCAGCCUUAGUUCUUAAGUAGUUGUCUACAAUAUACAAUAUACAUAUACAUAUAUUGUAAUGUAACUGAUUUGUCGUAGUCUUUUAACAUUUUGUUAUGUUAUCGAAAACCACUCAAAAACAUCACAGGUUCGUACCGUACCACACACAAAUUUUUGAGAUCGAACGAAGUACGAUAAGGAAUCAAUUUUUAAAUGUAAUUUUUAACGGGGCUAACCGAACAGUAGUUUGUUUUGAGAGGAGCCACCCGCGAGAGCAUUAAAUACUUGCAUAUAAAAAUAUUGAUUGACAUUGUACUAGUAUGUGUAUUAGUUGUUAAGUCUCUAACAUUAAGUUGUAAUUUUAGUUGUUUUUGCUAUGGCUAUCUUCGAGUUUUUAACUAUACCAGCGGGAACACGGCGACGUCGUGCUCCCUCCGGGCCCCUUUUGUUAAAAAUGAAUGUUGUACAUUUCUGAAUUCUAUAUAUAUACAUAUACUAUACUAUAUCUAUUAUUAAUGCAUAUUAUAUACACGUAUGUCUGUAGUUUACUUAAUGUACUUUUUGGAAACCAGCGCAAUGAAAACCAGAAAAACGAAAACGUAACAACAACCAAUGAUAAAUCUCCCUUGAAAACACAAGA